AUGGCAAGAUCAAAAAUGGGAGAUGAUGAACUUGAAAACAAAGUGGUUGAGUACCUUAGGAAGCGUAACAGACCAUAUUCAGCAACUGAUAUCGCUGCAAACCUCGGUCAGAAUGUCAGCAAACUUGCUACUCAGAAAGUCCUGAAUGUAUGCGCUGAGAGAGGCUUGAUAACAUCUAAGACUUAUGAAUUCCCAGGAAAGCAGUCGGUUUUCGUAGCUAAUCAAAAUGACGAUAACGAUGACAUAUCGCCAGAAGAAAAGGAAGCGUUGAUAGUCGAUAAUGACACCCUGUCGAAAGAAUGCAAAAGCCUCAAUGAACAGAUUGGUCAUUUCGACAAUGCACUAGAAAUUAAUGCAAUGAAGAAACUUCCAGCUUUCAAUGAGCUUCCAGCUCUUAUCGAACAACAACAGAAACGCAUUAUCGAACUAGAUUUGUACAUCAACGAAAGUAAAGAUCUCAAUAACAUGGUAUCGUCUGAGGAGCUCGCGAAGGUUGAUUCGGAAUUUAUAAAGUGGAAGACGCUCUAUAGGAAGAGGCUGAGGAAGUACAAAGAUGUUCGUGACGCACUCUGCGGCGACGAAGCCACAAAAGAAGAUAUCAUGAACCUCGAUCAAGAGCUAGGCUUGGAAGAACUGGAUGACGACUUGAAGGAUAUGCUCAAAUUCAUGUAG